CACAUUGACGACGACGUGUCAAGGGAAGUGUUUUCGAAUGUUGUUUUUCUUUGGCGUGAACGUGAGAACGACCGUAUUAGCUCAGAUUUUACUCUAAAUUUUCUAAAUCCAGCUCCAUUCAAUAACAACGAUAUCGAAAUGGCAGCGAUGCACGCACAUCCGGGACAGCCUGGAGGUUCGCGAAUGGCUGGUCCACCGCCGCUAGCACCGUGGUCACCCGACAAGAAGCACAGUGACCGCGAGCGAUGGGUCUGCAUCUAUCCUGCAUACAUCAAUCGUAAGAAAUCAAGACAGGAAGGUCGUCGAAUUCCGAAACAAUGCUGUGUGGAUGAUCCAUCACCGCAGGAAAUACGAGAUGUGCUGCAAGCUUUGAACAUGAACGUGUUGGUUGAGCUGAAACAGUAUCCCCGAGAGCGCAGCAGGGAACUGCAAUGCCGAGGUCGAAUUCGGGUACAGCUUCGUAGUGACGAUGGCACCCCGUUAAAUUCGGAGUAUGCCUCAAGGGACAGUAUAUUGAUGCAUCUUGGCAAGACAAUUCCGAUGCUGAAAAGUAGACAAACUAAAGCACCCGAACAAUCGCAGGCCGCAGCCUCCUCUAGUGCUGGACAUUCGCAAAAGAAGGGCAAGGGAAAACGACGAUAAAUGGCACAGGCAAGUAGUUAACGUGACCCAGGCGAAUAUAACUAGCGCUGAAUGCUAAAGAACAGGGCAAUAAAUGAAACACUCGUCGGCUUGAAUUAUAA